AUGUCUCAAUUCACAGAGCAAGACUUCUUCGGCGGAGCUAUUCGAGGCGUUGUGCCGCAAGGCUGGAUCGAUUCAAGCACCCUCCGCGAGGUCCCCGACCACCAAGAGCUAUGGCUCUCACCAACCACGCUUUCCAACCUAAUCAUCGAAAUCAACCAGCGCGUCCCCCAAGCCGAAGCUCUAAACACUUUCGCCGCGCUCAACCACCAACAACCCACCGCCGCCCCAGGCAGCGGUAGCGCAGCGUCCGCAACGGCAGAAACAGUCGACCAAGCUGCUGCCCUGUACCACCUGCACGAUCUCUGCGACGAAGGUGACACCAUGCAGGUGAUCAAGUCGCCCACGCGGGUCGAAGUCAAACUUGCUUCGUCCUCGCCGGCCCCCGCUUCCGCUAUCAAGGCGUAUCGCGGCGUUGUCUCAUUCACGACGCCAGUGCGCGGCGGCGGUGGACGUGUCCCCGCGUCUGCUGAUGGGUCGGCUGCUGGUGUUGCGGAUGCCGGAGUGCUCGGUGCGCAGACAAAUGGGGAUUUUAAUGGGUUGCCGCAAAUUUCCAGGUUGACGUGUCAUUUCUUGCUUGUUAGGCUGGAGGCGCAAGAGACGGAUUUGUUGGUCUUCUUUAAUGUGCCUCAUGAGGAGUUUGAUAAGAGUGGCGAUCCUAGGGGCUUGUCCCUUGAAGAGGUUGUUGCGGAGGAGACUAUCGGGGCUUCGAUUGGGAGAUUGGAGAUUUGUGAUUGGGGUCUCUUUGUUUAG